AUGGAGACCUUGAGUGUGGAGGUGAACAUGUCUGUAGAGGAGGGGACAGUGAUGGCCACGCGGCUGGAAACUGCCCCCAACUUCAAGUUAUGGGCAGACUUAGAGGGAACAAAGCCCCCUCACAAUCUGCAUGUGGGGAAUAUUGGAGAAUUGCCAACAGCAGCAGCUCCGCAUCAGAUAAAAUGUGAACCAGAGGAAGGGCUGCAGGAACGUUGGGAGGCCCAGUGGCAGGAGUUUCUGAAGACGCUGCAGGCCCCGGACUCCGGAUGGAGGAACCCACGGGUGGCCGAUAAACCCACACCGUGGGAGGACGCAAAGGCUUUCCUGGCCUCUUUUGAGCAAGUUGCGUUGGCGUGCCGGUGGCCUCGAGACAAGUGGGUGACCCUCCUCCUGCCAGCCCUCAGCGGUGAAGCUGAGCAGGCCUUCGGCAGCCUUAGUGUGCAGGAGAGAGAGGAUUAUGGGAAGGUGAAGGCCGCCAUCUUGCGAAGAGAGGCCAUCGCCAGGGAGAGGCAGCGCCAGGACUUCAGGCAGUUCCGCUAUCGGGAAGCGGAGGGGCCGAGAACGGCUUAUGGCCGCCUCCGGGAAUUUUGUCAUCAGUGGCUGAAUAUUGAGAGACGCACCAAAGAGGAGAUCUUGGAGCUGCUGGUUCUGGAACAGUUUCUGGCCGUCCUGCCUCAGGACAUGCAAAACUGGGUCCGGGAAUGCAGCCCCGAUACCUGCCUGCAGGCAGUGGCCUUGGCAGAGGAUUUCCUGGUAAGGCAGAUGGACGUGACAAGACUAAAAGAGCAGGUUCCACCACCCAACAUUUGGGCCCAGCACCUCUGCAGGGAUGCCAAGCAGGAGCAGGCUGAGGAGGCAGCAUCACUGGGAGAUGAACAGACCUGUGAGGACAGAUUUCGGCAAGAUGACCCAGAGCGAAGGGAAUCGAGACUCAUAUGGCUAGGAGGAAGCCAGGUUUCUCCAUAUCAUGGCGGGAGUGAAGUAGAACGCAAAAAGGAAGGUCUAGUGGAUAAAGCAGAGGGUAAAUGUGAUCAGACCGGAAGCAGAACGUGCCAAGACAUCCACCUUUCCGGAAGAAGUUUCAGAUGGAGCUCAGAUCUCCAAGUGCACGAGUGUACCCGAUCGGGCGGAGCAUAUAAAUGCACCAAGUAUGGGAAGAUUUUUGGUCAGAAGGGAGGCCUUACAAGGAAUGAGAGAACUCACCUGGGAGAGAAACCGUUCAAGUGCUCGCUGUGUCCAAAGAGUUUCACAAGCAGCUCCAGCCUCGUCGUGCACGAGCGAAUCCACAAAGGCAAGAAGCCGUACAAGUGUUCCGCGUGCGAGAAGAGCUUUGGCCGCAAGGGGACGCUGAUCAUACAUGAAAAACUCCAUGCCACGGGGAAACUGUAUAAGUGUUUUGGGUGUCCCAAAAGUUUCGCCAGCUGCUCCAACCUCGUUGCCCAUGAGCGAAUCCACCGGGGCGAGAAACCCUACAAAUGUUCAAAGUGCGGGAAGGGUUUCAGUCAGAAGGGGACCCUUACGACACAUGAAAAAAUCCACUUUGGAGAAGAACCUUUCAAAUGCUUGGAAUGCGGGAAGAACUUCUGCCGAGCCACGAAGCUGAGGGACCACCAGAGGAUCCACACCGGGGAGAAACCGUAUCAGUGUUCGACGUGUCAGAAAAGUUUCACCGACGGCUCCAACCUCAGUAGACACGAGAGAGUUCACACAGGAGAGAAGCAGUUUAUAUGCUCUGAGUGUGGGAAGAGCUUCAAUCAGAAGGGUAACCUGCUGAUACACGAGAGGAUCCACACUGGAGAGAAGCCGUUUAAAUGUUCGGCGUGUGGGAAGAGUUUCAGUCAGAAGGGAAACCUUGCGAAACAUGAAAAAACUCACACAGGGAGGGAAACAUUGUAAGGGCAUUUGACUCUGAACUGGGCACAGGAUUGUUGUGUUUGGCCCUGAUCUUGUUCACAUUGAUUUGGAAGGAAGGACCCCCUGUUUUCCAUGGGCUUUAUUUUCCAAUUGGAUCCUAAUGUGCCAGAGCACCUCCGUAGGAAUCGAGAGCAGUGUUCCCUCUAAGCUGAGUUAGUGUGAGCUAGCUCACAGUUUU